AUGGGAUAUAGCGGAGUUCUACCAGGAUGUCUAAAGUUUAAUGGCCUCAGAAGCCUUGAGCAUACACACAGACGCACCAAAACCAGAAGCGUUUCACGACGACGGGGACGAAUGGAGACUAAUUCUUCUCCUACCCUCAAUACAUUAUCCUUUGGUCAACUAAAUCUACUCGAACAUCUAAAGAUUCGGCGUGAAGUUGAUCACGCUUGGUGGAAACUUGUUCGAGCCACUAAGAAGCUCAAAUCUAUCUCUUUGAGGUUAAACACACCUGGGAGAUAUAACGCUGUUGAUUUAGCCCCUCUACCUGCAUCAAAGGAGCCCGGAGGACUACUCCAGUUGGAAUAUCUUGAUAUGCAAAGUCGUACAGAGACCUAUUGGAGCAUUGGAUUUCCAUACGGCCUUGAUCAGUUUACAGAAGUCAAUUUUCUCCGAUCUCUUUCUAUAAGGAAUUGCUUUGAUGCAGGCAAAGUUCUCCACGCUGCUGCGCCAAAUCUGACUAAUUUGAGAUCGUUAAUGAUUUCGGAGUCAUGUUCGAUUGAAUUGUUUAACCAAGUCUUAUACUCCCUCCCUAGAACAUUACAGAUGCUCGUGUAUGAGAAUCUUCGCCUCAAGAUUGAUAGGGAAACCCGAAUUCAAAGAAAUGCGAUCAUAAAGCACGGUAAAACUUUACGCAGACUAUCGAUAUAUAUUUCCCAGCGUCAAACACGAGACACUGACUGUCCAGCUGAGCUCCCUUCGGGCAAUAUUCCCAGCGAUUCAGCUAAUACCUCCUCCUCCUCCUCCGCCGAACAUGAUGACGGCUUCUCGGUUAUUGAUCUAAUCACCUUUUCAAGCCUCGAAGAGAUUUCAUUGCCGAUCUGUCAUCGAGAUGUUAUGAUGUUAACUCAGCUACCAAAACUACGAGCCAUAUCAAUCACAACCCACUACGUCCCACUCCCAUACGGUAGCCUAGACUGCACUACAAGUGUUAUUGGCAAUUUAUGGAUUUUGUUACAAUCUUGGGCGAACUCUGUGGACCGGCUACUCCAAUCUCCCGAUUAUGACAGAUAUCUUGCCACUAUUUGUCAACAUGAAGAUAGUAGCGAUACUCAUGCUAUUAUGCCUGAACCGAUUAAGGAACCAUUAAAUCUGAAGGCAUUCAAUCAUACUGGUUUCCUCAAAGCGUAUGAAGAUGCCCUGGAUACGGAACCGGAAAAUGAAUAUUAUAUACUACGGGAUCACACCGAUGAAGAAGGUGAUGUCUCUUCUAGGGUGCAUUAUGCUAAAAUUCAUGAGUUUGAGAGGCAAUAUCCAGAUAUCAUGAUUUUUGAACCUUUUGCAUGA